GGCGGGGGGGGGGGCACCGCGGCGCUCGGGGCUGCCGGGGCCGGGCCGCCGGGUUGCCGCUGCCGGCUGCCAUUUCAGCGCGCCGCCGCGCGCUCGCUCCCUCCAUUUUCUCGGCGGCUGCCGGCGGUGCCGGCCCCGUCCCCGCCGCCGGGCCGAGCCCGCCGCCCCCGCGCCCGCCGCCCCCCCAUGCAGCCCCGCGGCGGCCCCCCCCCGCACACGCCCAGCCGCGGGGCCGCCUCCCGGCAUGAGGAGCUGCAAGAUGGUGCGGGUGGCCAGCGUGCUGGGGCUGGUGAUGCUGAGCAUCGCGCUGCUCAUCCUCUCCCUCAUCAGCUACGUCUCGCUCAAGAAGGACAACAUCUUCGGCGCGCCCCGCGCCGCCGGCCCGGGGGGGCCCCGCAUGUACAUGUUCCACGCGGGAUUCAGGUCGCAGUUCGCGCUGAAGUUCCUGGACCCCUCGUUCGUGCCCAUCACGAACUCCCUGACCCACGAGCUGCAGGAGAAGCCCUCCAAGUGGGUGUUCAACCGGACCGCGUUCGCGCACCAGAGGCAAGAAAUCCUUCAGCAUGUCGAUGUAAUAAAAAAUUUUUCUUUGACCAAGAAUAGUGUUCGGAUCGGACAGCUGAUGCAUUAUGAUUAUUCCAGCCAUAAGUACGUUUUUUCUAUUAGCAAUAACUUCAGAUCACUGCUUCCAGACGUGUCACCGAUCCUGAACAAGCAUUACAACAUUUGUGCCGUGGUUGGAAAUAGCGGAAUCCUGACCGGGAGUCAGUGCGGACAAGAAAUAGACAAAUCUGAUUUUGUUUUUCGUUGCAAUUUUGCUCCAACUGAGGCAUUCCAAAAAGAUGUUGGAAGGAAAACCAAUCUCACAACCUUCAACCCCAGCAUCCUGGAGAAGUAUUACAACAAUCUUUUGACCAUUCAGGAUCGCAACAACUUCUUUUUAAGUCUAAAAAAGCUCGAUGGAGCCAUUCUUUGGAUCCCAGCUUUUUUCUUCCACACAUCAGCAACAGUCACAAGAACACUGGUUGACUUCUUUGUUGAGCACAGAGGGCAGCUAAAGGUCCAGUUGGCUUGGCCAGGAAAUAUAAUGCAACAUGUUAACAGAUACUGGAAAAACAAACACCUGUCACCCAAGCGGCUGAGCACAGGUAUUCUCAUGUAUACGCUUGCUUCUGCCAUAUGUGAAGAGAUUCACUUGUACGGAUUCUGGCCGUUCGGGUUCGACCCCAACACAAGGGAAGACCUCCCGUACCACUACUAUGAUAAGAAAGGAACAAAGUUCACAACCAAGUGGCAGGAGUCCCACCAGCUGCCUGCAGAGUUCCAGCUGCUCUACAGGAUGCACGGUGAAGGACUGGCCAAACUGACCUUGUCGCAUUGUGCCUAAGAACCUAAUCUUGAAGUGCCAAAUGAUUGUCUAAAAAGUGCCCAAAUCUGAGUUAAACAUUCUUCAGAUACAAUUCUAAAAAAAAAAAUAAUAAUAAUAAUACCCACCCUAAAAUAUUUUCCAUGAUAUAAAGAUGCUUUUUAAUCACCCUUGUCACUGUUCAUCAAAGGGUUUAAGCAUAUUUAGCAGUGCAGAAGCAUUUAUCAAAUUCUGUGGAUGCUAUUCCUGCAGCAGCACAGCAAAGUUGAAAUAUUUUGCAUUUAUAUAUAUGCUAUGAAGUAUGUUUUUAAAUCUUUUCCUAUGUCAGCAUUCCACUAAAUGCCUCUAAAUGUCUUAAAUCAAUUGUUCCUUUCAGAUUAGAAUUAGGAGUGCUAAUUUUAAAAGUUAUCGCUUCUCUUGUAUCCAUUGCUAUUAGUAGCUCAGCAUCCAUCUGGUUGGCGUGGCUGACUGAAAAAGCCACCCAGAAUCCCAGUUUAUCACCACUUACAAGUUCUUCAGCGCGGAUCCCAAGUUUCCACAGCUGGCAUAUUUUCGUAUUUACUGAAUUUUACAUUUUUUUAAGACCUCGUGGAGAAGGUGAAAAUACGGCUUGUACUUUA